AUGCCGCUAUCCUCACAAGAUCCUCUCAAGCUCUGUCAGGUCACUGUCCGACACAUCCAUGUCGUCAUCGUCUUUCUUAUUCCCCCACUUUCUGUCUCUCUCUCUCUCUCACACACUCUCUCACUCUCUCACUCACACUCACUCACUCACUCUCACACAGACGUAAAUGAGUGUAUAGGGGCUGGGAACAAAUACCCCUGUGGCGAGAAUGGAACCUGCUGGAAUCUGGAGGGCAGCUACAGGUGUCAUUGUCCCCCUGGAUUCACUACCUACGGCAACAACCAAUCUAGGUGUCAAGAGCUGAAUUGUGACCCUUUUGCAACUCAGAGUACACCUGAACAGACUCUACCAGGUUUUGACAGCCUCUUGUCUCCCCUGAGAAACAACUGUUUGGUGUUGAUUAACUCCUCUGGGUUGGCUGGAGCUAUAGAAAAGACUGGAGAGGCGCUUUUGACAGUACUGGCCAAUGUCACUGAUGUUCUUCAACUCCAGUCCAAUGAUCAUGGUGGUAUCAGCGGGAAGGUGACUACGCUACUGAGGACAGUAGAAAACUCUAUCAGACUGAUUGCUCCACAGCUGAGAGAAAAUGUGAGCAGGAUAAAUACAAGCCAUACAGAGGUAGAAGUUGUGGUGAGGAGGGACAGGACACCACCCCGAGGACCAGUCAGACUGACGAAUGAAAACAUCCAACUUGACACCACCUGGGAGACGGCGAUCGGAGAUGACACAAAUUUCCCAGGUUUUGCGUUUGCCAUUUUGCUCAGCUACAAGAGUCUGCAGACUUUGACCAACGGCUCCGAGCAGCUCUCCUCCAGAGUGGUGACUGUAUCUGUUAGCAACUCCAACACAACAAACAAACCUGUCUGAACCGAUCAUUCUCACCUUCAAUCACUUGAAGUCCAGUGAUGCGAAUACCACCUGUGUUUAUUGGUCAGAGGAUGGUGAGGGGGCUUGGUCAAUCCAGGGCUGCGCCUCCGUGAUGUCCAACUCCACCCACACUGUGUGCUCCUGCACCCAUCUCAGCAGCUUUGCCCUGCUCAGGGGAAUCCAAGAGAAUAAGAAAUGCAGACAGUUGCAGUUGGUGAUGUGGGCGGGCGCUUCCGUGGCGCUGGCUUGUGUGGUCCUAUCCCUGCUCAUGACCCUGUGGUGUCGCUUUGUCAGCAAAAAGCGCAAUGGAGGGAGCCGACCAGAACAGCAUUUUAACCUCUAAAGCACCUCAAUUUAGACAGCAGGGAUUUCUAAAAUCUCUUUCCUGUGUUUUGUAUAUAAUCCCACCCUAUGUCAAUUUACUGUAAAAUAACUGUUUAGACUGAACGAACUGUUAGAAAAUGUAAAUAUUAAGUUUCAGUUUCAACCUCAGUCAAUUGAUAAACAUGAUUUCAUGAAA